GAGUAUGGGAUCAGUGGGGAAACAAGCACGGUGUAUGGGAUGUAUGGGGAAGCUGAGGCACGGAGUAUGGGAUGUAUGGGGAAACUGAGGCACGGUGUAUAGGAUCUUUAGGGAACCUGAAGCACAGAGUAUGGGAUGUAUGGAGAAAUUGAGGCACAGUGAAUGGGAUCUAUAGGGAAACUGAGGUACAGAGUAUGGGAUCAGUGGGGAAACUGAGGCACGGUGUAUGGGAUUGAUGGGGAAACUGAGGAAUGGUGCAUGGGAUCUAUAGGGAAGCUGAAGCACAGAGUAUGGGAUCUAUGGGAAACUGAGGAAUGGUGUGUGGGAUCUGUUGGGAACCUGAGGCACAGAGUAUGGGAUCUAUGGGGAAACUGAGGCACAGAGUAUGGGAUCAAUAGGGAAACAGGCAUUGUGUGUGGGAUCAGUGGGGAAACUGAGGUACAGAGUAUGGUGUCUGUGGGGAAACUGAGAUGCAGUGUGUGGGGUCAGUGGGGAAGCUGUGGCAUGGAUAUGAGAUCAAUGGGGAAACUGAGGCAUGGAUAUGGGAUUAGUGGGGAAACUGAAGCACAGAGUAUGGGUUCUAUAGGGAAGCUGAGGCACAGAGUAUGGGACCAAUGGGGAAACAAGCACGGUGUAUGGGAUCGAUGGGGAAACUGAGGUGCAGAAUAUGGGAUCAAUGGGGAGACUGAGGCACGGUGCAUAGGAUCAAUGGGGAAACUGAGACACAGAGUAUGGGAUGUGGGAAAAUUGAGGCACAGUGUAUGGGAUCCAUGGGGAAACGGAGGCAUCACAUAUGGGAUCUAUGGGGAAACUGAGGCACAGAGUAUAGGAUCAAUGGGGAAGCUGAGGCACAGAGUAUGGGACCAAUGGGGAAACAAGCACGGUGUAUGGGAUCGAUGGGCAAACUGAGGUGCAGAAUAUGGGAUCUGUGGGGAAACUGAGGCACGGUGUAUGGGAUUGAUGGAGAAACUGAGGGACUUUAUAUGGGAUCAAUGGGGAAACUGAGGCAUGGAUACAGGAUCUGUAGGAAAACUGAGGCAUGGAUAUGGGAUCAGUGGGGAAACAUGCAUGGAUAUGGGAUCUAUGGGAAAACUGAGGCAUGGAUAUAGGAUCAGUGGGGAAACUUAGGCACAGUGUACAGGAUCAAUGGGGAAACUGAGGCACAGUCUCCACGAUGGAGAAUCCCAUUGUUUUUCCCACUCGUGCAUGGGGUGGGAUCGGAGUUUUGGGGCCGUUCCCAUGCCCCCCUCCCCCCCCACAAUGUAUUGUAGGGGUGAAGAAGAAAACCAAGGUCAUCAAGAACAGCACCAACCCCGUAUGGAACGAGGGAUUCGAGUGGGACCUGAAGGGCGUUGCUCUGGACCUCGGCUCUGAGCUCUGCGUUGUCGUGAAAGACCAUGAGACCGUGGGGAGGAAUCGGUUUUUGGGAGAAGCCCGAGUCCCCCUGCGGGAUGUGCUGUCCUCCCCCAGCCUGGCGGCCUCCUACGAUGUCCCCUUGCUGGACACCAAGAAGCAGAGCACCGGGGCUUCCCUCAUCCUGCAAGUCUCCUACACCCCUCCUCCGGGCGCUGCCCCCCUCUUCCCUCCCCCAGCCCCCCCCGAACCAGCCCCGGCGGCGGUGGCAGAGCCCGACACACUCACUGGUAACGCGGGGGCUCCACGGGGAGAUACAUCCCCCAUAGCCCACCCCGCAGAGGCCGGGGACCCCCAGCAACCUCCCUGCCUCCCGCCCCGCGCAGAAGUGGCCACCGAGGAGGAGGGGGAGGACCAGGCGGUGACAGGGGACGAGACGGAGCCCCCAGCCUCGGGGCCACCGGGCUCGGAGCUGCCCUCGGUGCCCCACAGACCCCCGGCUCCCCGCGGCCGUGGGGUGAAGCGCAGGAGGAGCUCGGCCAAAAAGCCGCUGUCCAACAAACCUCAGGACUUCCAGAUCCGGGUGCGGGUGAUCGAGGGCCGGCAGCUGCCCGGCGUUAACAUCCGCCCGGUGGUGAAGGUGACGGCCGCGGGGCAGACCAAGAGGACCAGGAUACGCAAAGGCAACAGCCCCCGCUUCGAUGAGACCUUCUUCUUCAACGUCUUCGAGUCGCCGGCCGAGCUGUUCGACGCGCCCGUCUUCAUCACGGUCCUGGACUCGCGCUCCUUCCGGAUGGACGCGGUGAUCGGGGAGUUUCGGAUGGACAUUGAGAGCAUCUACUCGGAGCCGAAACACGCCAUCCUCAGGCGGUGGCUGCUGCUCUCCGACCCGGAGGACUUCACAGCAGGGGCCAAGGGCUACCUGAAGGUCAGCCUGCUGGUGCUGGGGCCCGGGGACGAAGCUCCCCUGGAGAAGAAGGAGGUCUCCGAAGACAAGGAGGACAUCGAGGGGAACCUCCUGCGUCCCACGGGGGUCGCCUUGCGAGGGGCUCAGUUCUGCCUGAAGAUCUUCAAAGCUGAGGAUUUGCCCCAGAUGGACGACGCUGUCAUGGACAACGUCCGGCAGAUCUUCGGCUUCGAGAGCAACAAGAAGAACCUGGUCGACCCCUUUGUGGAAGUCAGCUUCGCGGGGAAGACGCUCUACUCGAAGAUCCUGGAGAAGAAUGCCAACCCGCAGUGGAACCAGUGCCUGAUGCUGCCGGCGAUGUUCCCUUCCAUGUGCGAGAAGAUGAGGAUCCGGGUGACCGACUGGGACCGUCUCACACACAACGACGUUGUCGGCACCGCCUACCUCUGCAUGUCCAAGAUCUCUGCGCCCGGCGGGGAGCUGGAGGAUGCGUUUCCAGCUCUCGCGAAGCCUCUGAAAGCCACAGACCUGGACGAUGGGCUGGGCUUCCUGCCGACCUUCGGCCCUUGCUACGUCAACCUGUACGGCAGCCCCCGCGAGUUCACCGGCUUCCCCGACCCCUACGAGGCGCUCAAUUUAGGAAAGGGCGAGGGCGUCGCGUACCGUGGCCGGGUGCUGCUGGAGCUGGAGACCAAGCUGGCGGAGCAGGGGGAGCUGAAGGUGGAGGACAUCUCUGCCGACGACAUCCUGCGGGUGGAGAAGUACCUGCGGCGGAGGAAGUACUCCCUCUUUGCUGCCUUCUACUCGGCCACCAUGCUGCAGGAUGUGGACGAUGCCAUCCAGUUUGAGGUCAGCAUUGGCAACUACGGCAACAAGUUCGACAACACCUGCCUGCCCUUGGCCUCCACCACGCAGUACAGCCGGGCCGUGUUUGAUGGUUGCCACUAUUACUACCUGCCCUGGGGCAAUGUGAAGCCCGUGGUGGUGCUGUCCUCCUACUGGGAAGACAUCAGCUACCGAACCGAUACUCAGAACCUCCUCCAGCACGCGGCGGACAGGCUGGAAGCCAACCUGGAGCGGAUCCACCUCGCGCUGAAAGCCAACGGCGCGCCGGGCGAGCUGGAGGCCCUGGGCACCCAGCUGAUGGACGACGUCAUUGCAGACUGCAGUGUGCCACUGCCCGACGUGCUGGGGAAGGCGGCCAGCACUCACCUGGACCAGAACCUGUACCGCUUCCGCAGCACCAACCUGGAGCAGAUGGUGCGGGCAGCCCUGAGGCUGAAGCACGAGGAGCUGAGCCUGCCGGCCGCGCUGGAACAGGCGGAGGACUGGCUGUGCCGGCUGCGUGCCAUGGCCGAGGAGCCCCAGAACAGCCUCCCGGACGUGGUGAUCUGGAUGCUGCAGGGUGAUAAGCGCGUUGCCUAUGCCCGCGUGCCGGCCCGCGAGGUGCUCUACUCCCGUGGCGGCCCCAGCUGCUGCGGGAGGAGCUGCGGGAAGCUGCAGACCAUCUUCCUGAAGUACCCCCAGGAGGAGGCGACGGGGCCGCGGAUCCCAGCCCAGAUCCGCGUCCAGCUCUGGUUCGGGCUCUCCGUCGAUGAGAAGGAGUUCAACCAAUACGCUGAGGGGAAGCUCUCUGUCUUCGCUGAAACCUACGAGAACCAGACCAAGCUGGCGCUGGUUGGGAACUGGGGCACCACCGGCCUGACUUACCCCAAGUACUCCGAUGUCACCGGCAAGAUCAAGCUCCCCAAGGACAGCUUCCGGCCCUCCACAGGCUGGACUUGGGCUGGCGACUGGUUCAUCUGCCCGGAGAAGACGCUGCUGCACGAGGCGGACGCGGGGCACCUGAGCUUCGUGGAGGAGGUGUUUGAGAACCAAGUGCGGCUGCCUGGUGGGCAGUGGAUCCACAUGGCUGAUGCCUACACCGAUGUGAAUGGGGAGAAGGUUCUGCCCAAGGAUGAGAUCGAGUGUCCUCCGGGAUGGAAGUGGGAAGAUGUGGAGUGGGACACUGACCUCAACAGAGCUGUGGACGAGAAAGGCUGGGAGUACGGCAUCACCAUCCCGCCGGACCGCCGGCCCAAGGCGUGGGUGCCGGCUGAGAAGAUGUACCACACCAAUCGGCGCCGGCGCUGGGUGCGACUGCGCCGCAGGGACCUGGCGCAGAUGGAGACCGUCAGGAAGCAGCACAAGCAGGACGAGCAGGACGGCGAGGGCUGGGAGUACGCCUCGCUGCUGGGCUGGCGCUUCCACAUGCGGCCGCGCCGCACCGACGCCUUCCGCCGCCGCCGCUGGAGACGCAGGAUGGAGCCCCUGGAGCGCGCCGGGGCCGCCGCCGUCUUUGCCUUGGAGGGGGCCCUGGGAGGGGUGACGGACGACAAGAGCGACGACGGCAAAUCCGUCUCCACGCUGAGUUUCGGCGUCAACAGACCCACCAUCUCCUGCAUUUUCGACUAUGGGAACCGCUACCACCUCCGCUGCUACAUGUACCAGGCGCGGGACCUGGCUGCCAUGGACAAGGACAGCUUCUCGGACCCGUACGCCAUCGUUUCCUUCCUCCACCAAAGCCAGAAGACGGUGGUGAUCAAGAACACCCUGAACCCCACCUGGGACCAGACGCUCAUCUUCUACGAGAUCGAGAUCUUCGGGGACCCCAAGAACGUGUCUGACUGCCCUCCCAACAUCGUGGUGGAGAUAUACGACCACGACACCUACGGAGCGGACGAGUUCAUGGGGCGCUGCGUGUGCCGGCCCAGCCUGCAGCGCGCACCGCGGCUCUCCUGGCACCCCGUGCUCAAGGGUGGCAGGAACGUCGGCGAGCUGCUGGCUGCCUUCGAGCUCAUCCAGAGGGAGAAGCCGGCUGUCCACCACAUCCCUGGCUUCGAGAACGAGCUGUCCUCUGCUCUGGACGAGUCCGAGGACUCUGACCUGCCCUACCCGCCACCCCAACGGGAACCCAACAUCUUCAUGGUCCCCCAAGGGAUCAAACCGGUCCUGCAGCGCACGGCCAUUGAGAUCCUGGCCUGGGGGCUGAGGAACCUCAAGAGCUACCAGCUGGCCAGCGUCACCUCGCCCAGCCUGCUGGUGGAGUGCGGGGGCCAGCUCGUGCAGUCCUGCGUCAUCAAGAACGUCAAGAAGAACCCCAACUUCGACGUCUGCGUGCUCUUCAUGGAAGUGCGUCUGCCCAGCGAGAGCCUCUACAGUCCCCCCAUCAUUAUCAAAAUCAUCGACAACCGUCCGUUCGGCCGCCGGCCCGUGGUGGGGCAGUGCACCAUCCGCUCGUUGGAGGAAUUCUACUGUGACCCCUAUGGCGAGGAGACAGACGGUGCCCAGGAGCAGGCGGAUGAUGUAAGCCUCACGCCCAGGGACGAUGUCCUCAUUGACAUUGAUGACAAGGAGCCUCUCCUUCCCACCCAGCUUGUGGAGGGCAUGACCGGCUCAGCACUAAUUAACCCGCCGGCUUCUCGGUUCGAGCCUCAAGAGGAAGAAUUCAUUGACUGGUGGAGCAAAUUCUACGCGUCCACAGGAGAGAGGGAGAAGUGUGGCUCCUACUUGGAGAAGGGCUUCGACACCUUGAAGGUCUAUGAGACGGAGCUGGAGCGCGUGGAGGCCUUUGAGCACCUCUCUGACUUCUGCCACACCUUCAGGCUGUACCGUGGCCGGGCGCAGGACGCCAGCGAUGAUCCCUCAGUCGUGGGCGAGUUCAAGGGUUCCUUCAAAAUCUACCCUCUACCCGACGACCCACGCGUGCCGCUGCCGCCGCGGCAGUUCCACCAGCUGCCGGCCAGGGGCCCCCAGGAGUGCCUCGUCAGGGUCUACAUCAUCCGUGCCUUCGGCCUGCAGCCCAAGGAUGCCAACGGGAAGUGCGAUCCCUAUGUGAAGAUUUCAGUGGGAAAGAAAUCCAUAAACGACCAAGAAAAUUAUGUCCCCUCUACGCUGGAGCCUGUCUUUGGAAAGAUGUUUGAGUUGAGCUGCACUCUGCCCCUGGAGAAGGACCUGAAGAUCACGCUCUACGACUACGACCUCAUGUCGAAGGAUGAGAAGAUUGGGGAGACCGUCAUUGACCUGGAGAACCGGUUCCUGUCGAAAUACGGGGCGCGCUGCGGGCUUCCCCAGACCUACUGUGUCUCUGGGCCCAACCAGUGGCGAGACCAGCUCCGUCCUUCCCAGCUGCUCCACCUCUUCUCCCUGCAGCACCACUACAAGGCUCCCACCUACGCGUCCGACCGCCUCAUCUUCCGGGAGCAGGAGUACACCCUCUCCGAGCUUGAGGAUGGCAAACCCCCCAACCCACACCUGGGGCCGGUGGAGGAGCGGCUCGCCCUGCACGCGCUGCGGAAACAAGGGCUGGUGCCGGAGCACGUGGAGACCCGGCCCCUCUACAGCCCCCUGCAGCCCGAGAUCGAGCAGGGAAAGCUACAGAUGUGGGUGGACCUGUUUCCAAAAUCCUUGGGUCAACCUGGCCCCCCUUUCAACAUCACACCACGCAAAGCCAAGAGGUUCUACUUGCGCUGCAUCAUCUGGAACACCAAGGACGUCAUCCUCGAUGACCUCAGCAUCACCGGGGAGAAGAUGAGUGACAUCUACGUCAAAGGCUGGCUGGUUGGCCACGAGGAGAACAAGCAGAAGACAGACGUGCACUACAGGUCGAUGGGAGGAGAAGGCAACUUCAACUGGAGAUUCAUCUUCCCCUUCGACUAUCUCCCCGCCGAGCAGAUGUGUUGCAUUGCAAAAAAGGAGCACUUCUGGAGCUUGGACAAGACAGAAAACAAGAUUUCACCGCAGCUGAUCUUCCAGAUCUGGGACAAUGACAAGUUCUCCUUUGACGACUAUUUGGGCUCCAUCCAGAUGGAUCUCAACAGGAUGCCCAAGCCUGCCAAGACCGCUGAGAAGUGCUCCUUAGAGCUCAUAGACAGCAGCUUGUCUGCGAGCCGCUUUGUGUCCCUCUUCGAGCAGAAAACUGUCAAGGGCUGGUGGCCCUGCGUAGCGGAGCAGGAUGAGAAGAAGAUCCUGGCGGGAAAACUGGAAAUGACUUUGGAAAUUGUGGCUGAACAAGAGCACGAAGAGCGGCCAGCUGGCAUGGGUCGGGAUGAGCCAAACAUGAACCCCAAGCUGGAGGACCCCAAGCGCCCGGAGACCUCCUUCCUGUGGUUCACCUCCCCGUACAAGACCCUCAAGUACAUCCUGUGGCGCCGGUACAAGUGGCUGCUCAUCUUGGCCAUCGUGCUCUUCGUUUUGCUGCUCUUCCUGGGGAUCUUCGUCUACGCCUUCCCGAACUACGCUGCGAUGAAGCUGGUGAAACCUUUCAACUGAAAGCUCCGGUGCCCAGCCAGAUUUCAGCAGGAUGCCACAGCUGGAGCCGCUCUGCAGCCCAGGACACAGCAACGUGCCUUUCCCUGACGCAGCGUGCCACCUGCAGCCCUCCCUCAGCAGCAGCUCGUGAACCAAACCUCCUCCUCCACAGCAGUUCUGAUUUCACCUCUCUCUUCGCCUGCCUCCUUUUUUUGUUUUCAUUUCGGUCAGUGCAAAGCUGGAGAGGGUGGGGGUUGGAGAAGGACCUUUUCGUGGGCUGUCUGCGGGCACACGGAGAUGUGCUGGUGCUCUUGCAAGGCAGCCAAAAUCUCCCGGGUCCUGAGCAGGAUGCUCUUGGCAGCCUGCAGCAGCCUCCCUUUGCCUUUGCUGUGCGAUGUGCAUCCCUGGUUUUGUACGUGGGGCUCCGUGCUGCCACAGCCUGAAGCCUCUGCCAUCCCAGAGAGCCAACGCCACAAAUCCAGGACCCGGGGGGCAAGGGCUCUGAGAUGCAAAACCAGGGCAGCGCUGGUGGCAGCUGCUGUGUCAUAACUCCUGCUGAGUUUUGCUCUCGGGUUGGGACCGUGUAGCCUGGUCCUGCUCUCCCCCUUCUGUGGUCCCACGUGCCCCAUUGCCUUCCCAGCCAGCGCUGCAGCAGCGGAGGGCACGGAGCAGCCCAGGAGCAACGCAGUGCAACGGGGGCUUUGCUUCUCUCCUCCCUCUGCGUGCAACCCCUGCGCUGCAGCUCAGUGCCUUGUUGCUUUGCUCCUUUUGCUUAAGCCAAACAGCGCAACGCCAGAGCGCAGUGCGUGCUGCAGCCGGGUGCUCGCGGGGCAGACCUUCGGAAGCACAACUGUUUGCUUUCUGCUUUGCAAGCAGUGCGUGAUGAUAGUACACGUCGUGCAGGUCUUGCUCAGCCCCGGGGAGGGCGGGAGUGGUGAUGCUGGGACGGGGCUGCUGCUUCCUGCCCCUCCUGUCCGUGCAUUGAUCACACGGAGCAAUGUGCACUGAGAGGGGGGUUCUGCUGCUGCUGGGUGUGAGCAAGCAGCAGCGCUAAGUGAUCCCAGGGGAUCUACUGCUCAGGACAAAGCGUGCUGGCAUCAGCUGCAGCGAGGCACUUAAGUUGAGCCUGUUCUUAGCAGCAGACGGGGGGAGAAGCGCACGGCUAAUUGCUUUGCUGGCGGGGAUGUAAUGUGAAUCCCGUGUUGCUCAGUACUGUGACAGCGCCUGCAUUGCACAGGGCAGCUCUGCCACGUGGGAGGACAGCGCUGGGGACGUGGAGAAUGUGCCCCAAAGCAGCUGGUGCUCAGGUGGUCAGGUUCUCCACCCCAGGAACCGUUUUGCCAGCGAAACACUUCAUGUUUGCCACGUGUUCAGAUUAUUUCCUGACCUCAUUCCCACCCGUGCCCCCCAUAUAUGAGCUUAUGCCGACCUACGCAGUGCUGGCCCAAGACCUGGGGAUGCUUUUUCCCCUGAGGAACAGGUGAGCUGAAAGGUGAAUGCUGGCUUUGCACCUUCCUGGCUGAGUUACAGCACGGCAGAGUGGUGCUGAUGGGGUCGGUCCUCUUCCACUGCGUGCCUCGCUGCCUUCCUGCGUGCCUUGCUCUGCCACGGGAAGCCAGGCCCCUUUCUUCCUUUCUUGCUCCAGUUUCUAGAUUUGGUGACGUUUCCCAUCUCGGUGACCCCCACCUAUUUGAGAAACGUGAUCUCGGUGCCGAGAGCCCCAAAGAGAUGAGCAGCCCAAAGCAGUGCUUCCAUCCGACCAUGGAUGGUUGUCAUCCGUCCUGUUGCUCCAACCAGAGACGAGCAACCCUACCAAAAUACGUCCAUCUGUCACUUCUCCAGAGCCUCUUCCAUCACAAAAGCCUAUUUAAUUCCCUGAUACUUUCCAGCAGCUCUUCCAUGGCAAACCAGAGUGGGUUGGCAGUGAUGGAAAGGGAAGGGGCCGCAUCCUUACGUCCAGUCCUUCCCAAUCCGGGCUGCAGAGCUGUGUGUUGUCAUGGGGCUGUGGUGGGCACAGGCAGUUCUGAGCACCUGCAAACAUCAGCCCGGUCUCGUUGUCUCUCCACCAAAGCCAGGCAAGAGGCCGGACCCGUGUAAAGCCUUCCGCUCUCUAUGCCUUAUAUAUCACUGUGGUUUACAAAUGAAAUGCUCUGAAACCUUU